AUGACGCGGAAUAAGGUCCUACCCACAGCUCGACAAGGCCCAGACGAGGUUGCGCUACAGGGAAACGCAUCCGUCGUCACCGGUGGCAGUCCGUCCUCCGAAGUGAUCCCUGUGAAGCUGAAGAAAGUUCCAAGCGGGCGACAACUGCGUCGAAUCGAAAGCUUUCGCUUAGUUCGGCCAUUCGCUGAGAUCUACUAUCGAUUGUCGUGGACCACGAGACACACCCUCCACGUGGUCGUGAACUUAUACGUCGUCGUGUACAUUUUCCUGACGGUGCCAUUUCGACUCGCCUUUUACUACAAUCCGUACUAUACAGAGGACGAUCAGAGUGUACAUCGAUGGUCCAAAGAGCUCUCGGUAUUCGCGGUGAUGGAUGGCUUCGCGGACUUGAUCGGGUUGUUCCAGUUUUUGGCUUUUUAUCGGCUGUGGAAAAACACGUUCGAGAAGGUGAGGAGCUCUGUGAGGUCGGAGAAGGUGAAGAAAAACCCAACGGAUUCGACGUCAAAUAGCGCCCGGAAUUUAUUCAUCCGGUCUUCCUCUUUCCGCAAGCGCCGGGGUAAAACCAAAUGGACUAUCGCAACAAUCGAGUCGCAUUCAUCCAUGACGGACGGAGUCGCAGAGAGCUUUCUCGCUCAGCGGAAGCGCUUCUUCGCCCGCAGCGUCGAGUUCGUGUUCGAGAUCAUUGCUGUUACUCCGGUGGAGCUCAUACCGUUAGCGCUGGGGAACUUCAACGGGCUGCACCUAGUUCGGAUUACGAAAUUGUGUCGCCUCUACAGACUACGCCGAUACCUUGCUCGUAUCGCAAAAAUUUACGCAGAUCGAGCGUGGGUCCAGCAUUUGACUUCUUCUGGAGUUGAUAGUCUUGCUCGUACAAUUAGUGUCUGUGCUGGACUUUGCCACUGGGUAGCCUGCGGGUACAUGCUGAUUGGACAUGCUCAGUGUGGCAUUGAUCUGACCGUGUGCGAUGAAGUUGUGGAGACUAGCUGGGUAGUUCGCGAUCGACUUUUAGGCGCGUCGGUGGCUAGGAAAUACGGCAGGACGUUGUAUUGGGCUUCGCGGACUCUCGUGUUACUUGGAUAUGACGAUGUGACCCCCGUGUCCAAUGCGGAGACGAUGUACGCACUAGUUAUGACGCUAGUUGGCGCACUGGUCGGGUCGUCGUUGCUGGCCAACUUUCUCUUCCUCUUUCGAUUCCGCAACGCUCGAUACGCAGCGUACUCAACGCACGUGGACAAUGCUCGAGAGUAUAUGCGGCUGCAGAACAUCCCAAGAGAAGUAAGACAUCAGGUUACUGCCUACUACAACUACGCGUGGAGUACCCACCACAGUCUGGACAGCGAGGAAGCGCUGCAGCUCAUGCCUAAGCAUCUCCAGUCCAAAGUAGUGUCGACCCUGAAGGCCAGCCGUAUCAAGCAGGUGUGCUUCCUCAUGAAAGAGAGCGUCGAGUUCACCAACAUGCUCGCUCUCGCCCUCGCGCGCCGGAUUUAUUCACCAGACGACCACAUCAUUGAGCCUAAAGUUAACGCCGAAAUGUUCUUCGUAAUCCGCGGGAAAGUUAUGAUCUCAGCCUUUGACGGCUCCAAACCGAGCGAAUGCAGCGAGGGGGAUUUCUUCGCUGAUGUGUGUCUGUUGUCCCCCGAGCAGUACGACCAAAAGGCCGUUGCGAAGACAUUCUGCGAGGUCUAUGUUCUCGCCAAAGCAAAAUUUGACGAAGCUAUCACGGAAUUUUAUCGCGGAAGCGAAGCUGAUGUGCGCUCGCGAAUGGCCGAAACUCUCGAGAAAUACUCGAUGCAACUCCAUAAGAUGAAGAAGUUGCUGGGACUGCGUGGAGCUCACGAGAGUGGGAGUAGGAAGAGCUCCAUGGGAGGAAGUUCCCACAGCUUGAUGGCCGAAGAUGUGCACUCUCAUGAACGACGACGUGGUGCGAGCUGGCGCCUUCCUGGCUCGUCGUUUUGUAUGCACUGGAACGCAGCGCGUCUACUGGCAAUCAUCUACGUUGCCUUCGAGGUGCCGUAUUUUGGCGUAUUUAUCACGAUGAGCGGCGAAAAACCCAUUUUCAUGGCAAAACCUGAACACGGGCUUCGCUUCAUGGUUACACUGUUAGUAGAGGCGUUAUUCGGCCUCGACCUGGUUCUGCGGUCUCGGUUCUUUGCGUAUAUGGAUCCAGACGUGAUGUUUAACGUGAUGCAGCCGAGCAUGAUCUUCGAGGCGUACAAGAAGAAGGGGUUUUACCUGGAUUUAUUGGCGUGGGUUCCUGUCGGUCUCGUGCUUGACUCCAUGUCGAUCGAACCACUGCAAGGCUACUCAACGCUCUUUCGCCUACUGAGAUUAUUACGGAUUCGCUGGAUCCCAAGUCUCCUUCAGGAUCUAAGCGACUUCUACGGAGUAAGCUCCAAGCUGCACCUUGUUGUGUCUCUAGUGCUGGGCGUCACGCUGAUGCUGCAUUUCGUUGGCUGCAUUUGGUUUGAGAUGACGUUCCUUUCUCAUGAUGAAUCAAUUGCCUCGCUAAGCUCCAUCAUGUCGUCGGAUUUCGCCCGCGCAGAGUGUCUUCGCGAGGCCACGCAGUUUCAGAACUGUUCGUGGGUAAAAUUCGAUUGCUACGCGCAUAUAGGGACAGUUUUCCCACGAGAAAACCCAGAUUCAACGUACCAGGCAUCCUUUGCGUAUUUACGCUCUGUAUAUUGGGCAAUUGUCACCCUGACGGCAGUUGGCUAUGGUGACAUUGUAGCAUAUUCUACGGCGGAGAGCUACUUCGCUGCGUUGUGGAUUUUCGUCGGAGGUAUCAUCAAUUUUGGGGUAGUUGGCGCCAUGUCUAGUACAAUUUCGAACAUGCUGGCGACUCACCACCACCACAUGGAGAAGCUGAAUACGCUCAACACGAUCUUGGAGCGAAUGGCGAUCUCUGAAAAGUUGAGCAGCGAUAUCCGGCGAUUUUACCACCACCAGUUUACCAGUCGCAAAAAGACGUAUGAAUCCGAAUUACUAUCACAUUUACCCGAUCGACUCUGCUACGAGAUAUCGUCACUCUUGCACUCGGAUUCCGUGAAGAGUGUGGCACUGUUUGACUCGGCCAGCUGCGAGUUCCUGCAAGAAGUAACUGGAAAAUUCCGCCACAGAAGCUACCAAAACGGCGAGACUAUCUGCUUCGAAGGACAUAUUUGUCGCGAAUUCUUCGUGUUGUUGCAAGGAAGCAAGAUCAACGUGUUUUCCCGCUCACGUAAAGUGCCAGUUCGCGCUCUCCAUGGCGGCGAUAGUUACGCGGUGGCCGAGUUUCUGUUGAGACGGCCGUAUUGUGCGACUCUUACUGCUGCCUCUCGUGUUCACGCCUCCGUGAUGACGCGAGAGCAGUUUGAUGUUAUCCAGCGCAAGUUUUCUGACGACAUAAAUGACAUGAAAGGUGAGGCGGAAACGCUGUGCACUCUAGAACUGAAACGCCUUCAAUGCAUUGCUGGAAACCUGGAAAAGCUCAAACUACAGCCUCACUCGAUGCAAACUCCGAGCCUCUUCUACCAGCGGGAUAGUGCUAUUAUUCCAAACCGAGGCCGCCCUCAAACAUUCCUUAGCACAAGCGGUAAUUUACGGCGCGCCUUCAAGGCUCUGUGGACGACGCUCAUUUCGUUCUGGAACGUGUACAACGCUGCGUUUGUCAUCUUCCGCAUCUGCUUCCACGCGCACCUUCAUUUUCCGAGCAGAAUAAAUACUGCGAUUUUGAUAGCGGACCUGAGCUGUGACGUGUGUUUUGCAGCAGAUAUCUAUCUGCGGCUUUACUACUUUUGCAGCUCGGAACCUGGAAUUGAGAACCUUUGGGAGCGGAAAGAGAUCAACAAACAUUAUUUCCACAGUGCCGCAUUCAAGUGGGAUCUUGUCGCGUCUAUGCCGGUUUACACCCCGUUUGAAAGUGGGUCGUUGACUGCGAGUCUCUGCCGAUUACCGAGACUCAUUCGCUGCGGUGCUCUUUGGGGGUAUUUGGAUGACGUUAUCCUGCAGAUCCAGCAGCACUUUGCGACGCACAAUGUAUCAGCGUACUUGAGUCCCGCCAAGUUGCUGAUCAUUCUGGGACUAGUAGCCCACUACGUUGGCUGCAUCUUCUUCUUGAUCUCAGAGCACGAGUGCGUUCAGGUGGAGUCUUGCUGGAUGCAGGAUGAUCACUUGCUGCAUGAGUAUCACCAUUCCGUCCCGAUCCUUUACGCCAAGACUUUCUACUGGGCCAUCACGACCUUGUUACUGGUAGGGUCACGUGAAAGUGUUCCUCGCGAUGCGGUGGGGACAAUUUGGACUGGUGUCACCUGUUUAGGCUGCACAUUUAUCAUUGGUCACAUUGUGGGCGAGAUCUCCGAGCUCAUUCACGAGCUUGGAAAGGAAACCAAGCAGUACAAGAGUCGAAUUACCAACUUUGGGAAUUUUGCCAAAGUUCACGACCUCCCGACAAGUCUACGAGAGCGCGUGGGGUUCUAUUUUCACGAACAUUUCGAGCACACUAAAGGCAUUGAGCUCGAGAAAACUUUGGAUGAGCUAUCAGCGAACCUUCGGCUCAAACUCCGGUUGGAGAUUUACGGCCGCGCGAUCGCAAACCUGCCUAUUUGCCGCUUUCUCGCCCCAUCUCAGGUUAACAACCUUGCGUUGCGAUUAAGGCCGGAGUAUUUCAUCCCAGGGGACAACAUUCUGGAGGAAGGAACCUUUGGCAAUCGACUGUACACCUUACGCAAAGGGCUGGCAGCCGCGUAUUGGACGAAGUCGGUAUCGAGCAUCGCAGUUCUCCUUGAGGGCUCCUUCUUCGGAGAAGUCGCUUUCUUCCUGCCAAACCAGCGCCGACUUGCAACGGUACGCUCAACUACCUUCUGUGAGGUGCUGUUUGUGUCAAAACACGACUGGCAAGAGCUGUGGACGACCACCGGUAGUGCGUCCGACAACCAGAUCCAGAAGCACGCGCUGCACGCAAUUCUCGGAUGGGUUACCAACCGACUCCAGCGCUACCAGCACGCGUGCUUACGUAUUGCAAGUCGCGCGAAGCGGCGUGUGGUUCCAUCGACGAAAACGGAGCUAGUAGCUGCUCUCAUGCGAAUGACGAGGUGCCACUCGCUGCCCGUGAUCGAGACCGGAUUCUUUGGCGAACAUGGUCGUAAAUUAUCUCGCCCUAAAGCUGGAAGUGGUGGCAUCGACUUCGAAAUCAUCCAGCGCUGUCAAAGACCGCAAUACGUCAUGCAGCUCAUCUGGUACCAUCGCUAUCGUGAGUGGAGACAAAGCUUGCGCCCCGCAGCUGUGGUGCCACAACUCAAAAGAGCCAUGGGCUCAAGCCUGCAACUUCCAAGCCAGCGCACGCUUUUAUCUGCAACGACAGACCUGGAAUCCAAGCAAUUCAUUCGACGAAUCAAGGAAGCGGGAAAAGCCUGGGACCUGGUCAUGCUCUUCGUGUCCAUCUACCACCUCAUAGUCACGCCAUUCAAACUGAGUUUUUCUGUCGCUCUCGUGGAGCUGCCUCUAACCACUCUGCGACGGUGGUCAGCUUUGGAGAUGUUCAUGGAUGUCUUCUGCGUGGCCGGUGUGGUCUUUGAACUGCGUCACGCUUGCAUGAUGGAGCAAGCGGUCAUCUCAGCGGCUGCAAACUCGUCGAGGAAUCGGCUUGGUCGGAUUUUCGUUACGAACCCGGAGCUCCGAGCAUACGUCGUGGCCAUGUUACCCUUGGAGCUGCUCCUUAUCUCGGAUAAAAUCCGCGUACCAUUUUCCCAUUCUCUUGGAUUAUCUAUCGAUGCGUCAUGGUGGGCCUCUCGUUGGAUGUUACGGAUGAAUCGGAUGCUGCUUAUCCGCCGGAUUGACCAUUUAUCCGAGCAAUUUCUACAGUUCGUGAUCCACGACCUCAAGUUUUCUGUAAGCGAGGCUGUUCUGUACUUCUUACGUGGUCUAUCUUCAUAUCUAGCAACGGGGCAUAUCCUAGCCUGCAUUUGGUUUGGUAUAAGCGAGGUGGGAUUCCACUACUACGGCACAUCUUGGCUGUCCACUUCGUCUACCUUUUAUCUAGCGAGUAUCUCGCUCGCGCGCAAGUAUCUUCGGUCUCUUUUGUUCUCGAUGGAGUGCAUUUCGACGCUAUUUUACGGUGACAUCCUGUCCAUGAACCCGCUAGAGCUUAUCGCAGAGAUUGCGAUCACACUGUGGAGUAUCUACAUUUACGGAGCGCUCGUCGGAGCACAAGCCGAAUUGUUGGAUUCACGUGCUCGUAAGGAAGCUGCGUUCGAGCAGAGCUUGGGGGAAUUACAGCACUAUGUGGUGCAAAACGGAGUUCCAAAGGCUCUAAAGCGGCAGAUCAAGGCGUACUACGCUCGACUAUGGCGGCGUUGCCGUGGUGAGCACGAGUUUGCUGCCGUGUCGGGUGUAUCUCGGGCAUUGUAUGAGGACGUUAUUUUAACUACACUUCGCAAUUUCGUCGCCCAGGUCCGGUCUUUUCGAGCGCUUGACGAACACUUCCUGCGCGCAUUGCUUGUGUGCUUACGGUACGCCGUGUGCUCGGAGAACGAAGAGGUGUUCGUGGUCGGAGAUGUGGAUCGCAGCAUGUACUUCAUCGCUCACGGGCGCAUUUUGAUCAAGACUGGCUCCAGCGAGUUUGCUCGCGAACGAGGCGACCACUUCGGUGAGUUGGCGUUGCUCUACGGCAUCUCGCGGUUGGAGACGGCGGUGGCUCUCUCGGUAAGCGAGUUGUAUCGACUCGACCACGAGCCCUACGAGCGAUUGCUGCUCGAGUUCCCGGAGCACCGGACUCGUAACAAGCUGGCAUGGACGACGGUAGACGACGCGGAUCUGGUGGGAUCUCCGACCUCGCAAAACGCACAGACGGCACUUGCGUUGCGACCGAGUAUCGCGAAAGUGGCGGCUACAACUCCUUCCAAUGUGGACGCUCGACUGCAGUACUCGUUCGUUUACAGGGCGACGAUGAAGAUGCUGGCGAAUAUGCAGACACUACAUCCGCUUGAGGCCAAGGAUCUCAUCCUGAAAUGCCGAGAAGCGGCCCGAAGACAUUUGCUGCGACGAGCGAGCAAUUCAGAUUGUAGUAACGGAGGGACGGUAGGGAAAGCCGCCUUGCCAACGGCAAGCUGCUUCCCGUCUUCGAAAAGCGUAGAGCGCUGA